AUGCCUUCAUUCGGGGUAAGGCCUGCCCCUGGUGAUGACGGUGCCACCUACUCAGUUCUCCGUUUGUUCCUGAACGUCACCGGCAACCUCCUCCUCUCGCUUUACAAUCUCUGUCUUCACACAAGGUACGUAUGUGCCCAAUACCUGGACUGGACCUCUGGCACAAUAGUACCCAUUCCAAAAUGUGAGACAGCCAAAUUCAGACCUAUUUCUCUCACCUCUUGCUUCAGGAAGGUGAUGGAACGCAUUCUCCUUACCUGUCUCAUGUUUCGGCUGGAGUACAAACUCACCCAGCUUAUAUGGUUUUCUACUACAACGGAUUUGCAUCACUGCCUCUUGAAACUCUAUACUCGCCUCUCCUGCAUGAGUGCCGUAGCCUUCAUCGACCUUAAAUGCGCCUUUGAUGUUGCAAAUAGAGAUAUUAUCUUUGUCAGCCUAGUAGACUUCGGUGCUAAAGCUAACUUCUUAAGAUGGAUCCGUGGAUACCUCCGGAAAAGAACCUCCCGUGGCUUCUUUAAGGGGGCAUGUAGCUCCACCAAAGGACUUCAAUCGAAAUACUCCACAGGGUGGUGUUCUUUGCCCCUUUCUCUUUAA